AUCUUCGUGGGAAGAGAACGUUUACUCUGAUCCCUGUAUCUGAUCUAGUACGUUUCACUAUUCACAUCUUGCCAGGUGCCGUGAUGCUGCCCCCUUUGCGAUAGAUCCUCCCCAACUCACGGCUGGAAUGGUAGCAGCAGCACCAAUGACAACCCGCUUCCGGAACCGGAGGCAGGCUAGAAAAUACGAACCGUCGAUAGACUCCAUCUCUCGACACUUCCAGUUCCAGAGGCCGUACCUUCUUUAAUCUUUCUUUUUCUUUUUUUUCGUUUUUUUCGCAAAAUUGAAGGCCUUCUCUUUGGCGGAUUUCUUUCAGCAGAUCCUAAACGCUAGAAGUAUAACCCCUUCCCCCCUCCCACCUCGAUCAUUAAACCAUACGAGCAUUCAUUCUUUCUUUCUUCGGUUUUAAUAGCGGGAGUUUCUUUCCUACUCAGUUUUCUGCUAAGAAAUUUCGAAUCUUUCACGUUUUCUCUCAACCGAUCAAUCAGUGACUCGACCGAUCACACAUAGUAUACGAGGAAGAAAAUGGACGAACGAAUCUUAGAAAACGAGAGGCUUCAAAUGGAGCAGAUAAGGGAACUUGACUUGGAGGAACUACAGGUCGAGGAAGUCGAUGACACUCAUAACUCAUCCGACGACGACUCCGAUCCAAGUCGCCAUGGAGACGGAGGGAUAGGUUCACAUGGUGGAUUGACAUUUGACGCAUGCUUGGCUUCCUUGCAUACAUAUCUUGGAGAGGUUGAAGAUACUCAUCGUAGAUUAGCUUUCCUGGAUGGUGGUGCCAUAUUGAACCUUCCAAUGUUUUACCUCGAAGGAGCUGUUCUGUUUCCAGAGGCCACCCUUCCAUUAAGAGUCAUCCAACCUAGAUUUAUAGCUGCUGUGGAAAGAGCAUUAAAUCAAGCUGAUGCUCCUUACACUAUAGGUGUGGUUCGUGUUCAUAGGGGUCCUGAUGAUCAAAGGUUACACUUUGCAACCAUUGGGACAACUGCAGAGAUUAGGCAAUACAGAAGGUUGGAGGAUGGUUCAUUGAAUGUAGUUACCCGUGGCCAACAGCGAUUUUAUUUGCAGCGCCGUUGGAUAGAUGUUGAAGGAGCACUAUGUGCAGAGGUCCAGAUCAUCCAGGAAGAUUUGCCUUUGAGGACACCAAGGAAUGCAUUUGGAGAACUGGCAUCUGUAAGCAACUUGUGGAGCCGUAGCCUCUCAUGUUCACGUAAUUCUCGUGCAAAAUGGCAUAAAUCUCAGUGUGAGGAGAAUGACUCUGAGUCCAUGUCUGAGACAAGUUUCGAGAGUGAUCUAUCACCAACAGAGAUGAGAAUGCACAAAUCUGCUAUUGAUUCCACUAAUUCGUUUGAUAGGAUUGAUGAAAUGAUGAGUAGUGAUGAUGAAGGAUUUGAACUUGUGUCUGGCAGCCAGUUGGGAAGAUAUCAUUCUAAUGAAUUCAGAGGGUCAUCACAACAUUGUAUUAUUGACAGGGGGAGUGAAAGUGAAGACACUAGUCCAGGUAUUGGUAAUCAGUUCACUCCAGGAAAAAUAUCACACCAAUCAUGCAAAGGUGAAAGAUGGAAAAAGAAAGGUUUACUUUCUGACUCAAAUUGGGCAUAUAGAGUUCCAAAGUCAUAUUGGCCUAAUUGGGUUUACCAGAUGUAUGAUUCCUAUUAUCUUGCUCGAAGGGCAGCAGAUAUGUGGAGGCAGAUAAUAGGGGUUCCAAGCAUGGAUGAUCUUGUAAAGAAGCCUGAUCUUUUGUCAUUUUUUAUUGCUAGUAAAAUUCCCAUUUCAGAUUCUACAAGGCAAGAACUGCUAGAGAUUCAUGGGAUUUCUUAUAGAUUACGUCGUGAAAUUGAGUUACUGGAAUGCUUUGAUCGUGUUCGCUGUAAAAACUGUCAGACUGUAAUUGCAAAACGAAGCGAUAUGUUGGUGAUGUCCAGCGAUGGGCCUCUUGGUGCGUAUGUGAACCCAUAUGGUUUUGUGCAUGAGAUCAUGACACUCCAAAAGGCAAAUGGCUUAGCACUUAUGGGGCGUCCACAUACAGAAUAUAGCUGGUUUCCUGGGUAUGCAUGGACAAUUGCCACCUGUGCAACUUGUGAAUCACAAAUGGGUUGGCUUUUUACUGCCACCAACAAGAAGUUGAAACCAAGAUCCUUUUGGGGGAUUCGGAGCUCACAAGUUGCGGAUGACAUGCGCAGUUCCCAAGUUGCUGAUGAUAGGCGCUGAAACUUGAAAGGAUUCUGAGUUUUCUACUAGCAGUCUAGGAGAUGACAUGCACAACUCCCAAGUCGCCAACUGCAGGUUCUGAAAUGCGGAAACGUUGAAGUUGCCUCAGAUGAUCCCUAACAAAAGAAUACUAAAUUCAUGACUUACGAAAAUGGGGUAACACCUGCUACAAUUGAUAAGUUGUAUCCCAGAAGCCUUGAUUAGUUUGAAUGCAACGACAUAUAUAAAUCUGUGUUGUCGGUAGUUCCUAUGCCUUGUAUUGAUCUAGAUCACAGUAUCAAUAUGUGUAAUCAACGGCACAUAUACUUCUAAGAAUUUGAGUUAGGUAUACAAUACAAGCUCGUGUCCCCAGGGGAUGGUAUACAUAAAGAUGCUACAGUUCUUGGGUGCCGAAUUAUCAUACAAUGCAUCCAGAAUCCGUCUCAACAUCGUUGGAUCCUGUUGAGAGCAUCAUUUUUGGUUAGAAGGUUAGAGCACCUUGAUACCUUAUGGUUUGUCCUGUGGGAUUUGGAGCUCGUCACUCCGGGAAUGUAUAGGAAAUUAAUAGAUUGUUGUUCAUCACAAGUCACAACCCAAAUCGCAAAAUUAAUUUGAACAAAGAGCAAAACUAGCGCAACUGAGCAAGUGGCUGUCAGCUGGGGUGGCGUUGUGGCAAUUUUCUCCCCCAAACCCACCCAUUUAAGUUGUAUUUUUUUGUUGUAGUUUCAAGAAAAUUGGAUUAAAUGGUGUGGAAGAGUAUUAUUUGUUCGAUAUGAAAACACACUUUUUCUUAGUUGUAUGGUUAUUUUCUUUUUCCUUUUUUUAAGUGGAAUCAGAAUGCCUCCUCGAACCUUUUCCUUUCA